AUGUCUGAUCUCAAACCUACCAAAGAGCCCACGAGAUGGGGCACAGCAACCGAAACAUCGGCAGCUCGCUACAGCCGCACCAAUGCACCGCAACAUGGCUUAGGCAAUAGUCUCAGUACCAUGAUGAAAAUCUCAAAAGGCCAACACGUCCUCGUAACCGCCUGUGGCCCCGGGACCGACGUUCUCGCCAUCGUGCAACUCGUAGGCCCGUCUGGGGAAGUCGUCCGUUUCGAUCUAGACAAGUACAGCAUCGACCGUGCGCGCGAGGCCUUGGAGAAACACCCAGUCCUCAAGCCAUAUGUGCAGCUUCACGUCGCUGACGUGCACGAUCUCUCAAUGUUCGCAGGGCAAACGUUCGACGCCAUACAUUGCAACGCGUCAUAUCACUGGUUCACCGACAAACCUCUUUUCCUUGCGCAAGCUGCUACCCUAGCGAAGCCCGGCGCCGUCAUUGGUAUCGCAAUCCAAGACCGCGAUUUCCAGCCACCCAUGCUGGACAUCCGAACCGAAGUAUUGGCGGAACUCGGUGAGGAUACAACGAAUUUCGUAUUCCACCCGAAUCCAGCGGAACUAUGA